AUGUUUCAGCUCCGAUUGAAUGAAGAAUAUCUUUUGUUGUGUAGACUUUGUCUAGAAUGUGACGAUACUGAGUAUGUAUCUAUCUACGACAAGCAUGAAAAUGAAGCUUUUAGUAAAAUAAUAAAAACUUGCAUCGGUAUAAAGAUUCGAAAAAACGAUGGGCUCACACAAUUCAUUUGCACCAACUGUCGAAAUGAGUUAGUAAAAUUCUAUAAAAUUCGAAAAAAAUCGUUUGAAGUAGACAAAAUACUUCGUGCGCUACGUAGUACAGUAUUAUUAGCAGCGUUUAUUUGUUGUGGUUGCAAUUCUUCUACAGAAUUCGACAGCCAGGAGGACCUGGACGCACACUGCGAAAAGGAGCAUAAAAAGUAUCGUAUCACCGAUAAUUCGAUUCGGCCUUUCGAAUGUAAUGUAUGCUUCCAACGGUUUUUAUCCGAGACUCUUCUCAAACAUCAUAGAGAACGCGCCUACCGGAAGCGACCGUACAUCUGUCGAUCAUGCGCUACUGCUUUCUUUACAAAUUCAGCUUUGAAACGCCAUGAAAAAAUGUGCAAUGUCGUUGGGAGUAGUUAUACCUGCGAGCAAUGCGGCAAGCGGUUUAGACAAAUACUUACACUAAAUAACCACCGCAAACUGCACCAAACGGAAAAAACCUUUUCUUGUCCCAUCUGCGCUAAAACGUUUAAACAAAAGUUUGAGAUUCCCAUUCACAUGAUUACGCAUACUGGUGAGCAGCCUUACCCAUGCGAUCAGUGUCCGGCAAGGUUUAAGCGCAAGCAGGCGCUUAAAAAUCACCAGCGCCAUCAUUUAAACCCACGACCGUUCAAAUGUACAACGUGUGAUGAAUGGUUCGGCAGCGCGGCAGCCAGAAAAUUUCACCAACAAACUGUCCACGAAGGAUUGGACCCAUUCCGAUGCGAACAAUGUGGCAUCAGUUACGGGCGUAGGUUACGACUUACACAACAUAGAAAAAAAUUUCAUGGGGAUAGUUUGUGA